AGCCUCCAUAGAAUUAAAAAGUAACCUCUCUCUCUCUCUCUCUCUCUCUCUCUCUCGUUGUGCCCAACCACACUUAAUACAAUAGCCAUGGCUGCUGCCUCGCUGACUCUGCCAUAUACUUCUUCUUCCUCUUACGCCGCCGGUUCUGGUUCUGCGUCUUCUUCGGCUGCUGCCUCUUCUCUGUUCUCUAGCUUCCCCCUCAGCCAAAGGCGCUUCGUCUCCUGCGACUCUCGCUCUCGAAUUCAAGCCCCUAACAGCAUCAAAUGUGAUCUAUCUGAGCCACCGUUCAAAAGUGUAAAUGGGAAACCAAUUGUUCCCAUCCUUAACGAGCGGAAUCUACCCAAGUUUUUGGAAACUGCACGCAUGGAGAAAACAAUCAACAGGACUAGUACCAGGCUGAAACUAUUUUCUGGCACUGCAAAUCCUACACUUUCUCAGGAAAUUGCUUGGUAUAUGGGCCUGGAACUCGGGAAUAUCAACAUAAAGCGAUUUGCUGAUGGCGAAAUAUAUGUUCAGUUGCGAGAGAGUGUCAGAGGAUGUGAUGUUUACUUAGUACAGCCUACCUGCCCUCCUGCAAAUGAGAAUCUCAUGGAGCUUUUGAUAAUGAUAGAUGCUUGUCGUAGAGCAUCGGCCAAAACCAUUACUGCCGUGAUUCCAUAUUUUGGAUAUGCGAGAGCUGACAGAAAGACCCAAGGGCGUGAAUCGAUUGCCGCCAAACUAGUCGCAAACCUUAUCACAGAAGCAGGUGCAAACCGUGUUCUUGCUUGUGACCUUCAUUCUGGGCAGUCCAUGGGUUACUUUGAUAUCCCAGUGGACCAUGUAUACGCUCAGCCCGUGAUUCUUGAUUAUCUUGCCAGUAAGAGGAUAAACUCUCAAGAUUUGGUAGUUGUUUCCCCUGAUGUUGGUGGGGUAGCAAGGGCACGUGCUUUUGCAAAAAAGUUAUCUGAUGCGCCUUUAGCCAUUGUAGACAAAAGGCGUCAUGGACACAAUGUUGCUGAGGUGAUGAAUCUGAUUGGAGAUGUAAAAGGAAAGGUUGCAGUGAUGAUGGAUGACAUGAUUGACACUGCUGGAACCAUUGCUAAAGGUGCAGCUCUAUUACAUGAAGAGGGGGCCAGGGAGGUAUAUGCAUGCUGCACUCACCCUGUGUUUAGCCCUCCUGCAAUUGAAAGGCUGUCAAGUGGCCUGUUUCAAGAGGUGAUUAUCACAAACACAAUCCCAAUUGCAAAGAAGAACUACUUUCCUCAAUUGACCGUUCUUUCAGUGGCAAAUCUGUUGGGUGAAACUAUCUGGCGUGUUCAUGAUGAUUGUUCAGUUAGUAGCAUUUUCCAGUGAAAUCAUAUUGGAAGAGUCAUAGGCAUCCAUUAUUAGCUUAGCUUGUAAAAGUCAAUUGAACUCAUACCAGAGAUAAGGAUCAACUACUGCAUUCACCAAGGAUGAGGAGGAAUUUAAGGAAUAGAAAGCUUUACACCUUACUUAAUUGCCCGUAGGCAGUGAAUUUAAUGACUGAAAAAAAAAAGGGAAGAGGAAAUAGAUUGUAGUAUUCAAUCUACAAAUUGUUUUAUGGCUAUUUUCAAUUGUUUUCUACAUUUUUUCGGUGAAACUUUUCCUAUGAUACGUGUCCAUUUGGGUUAA